UCUGCGCUCUCUGUCUGAAGCAGCGCCACACUGGAGCACUAAUGAGCAGGCUGAAAGCAACCCAACGCAGAUCUCCCAACAGCUCAGGAGCAGCAGCAACUCUGACGGCAUCUGAGGCUGCAAGAAACAGGACUGAUCUGCAGUCAGUGGGGAGGCAGUCAGGCAUAGGAGAGGUUGUGAAGUAGACAAAUUAGCAGUUGAGAGAGUGAGAAGAGAGGAUCGCUCCAGUGCAAUCUUCUCCACACUCGGAGACUGACCCACGGUGCCCUUUCUCUUCCUGAAGACGAAGGACCUUUCCCCUCCCAGAGGAGUUCAGCCAUGGAGGAGAUGCUCACUUGCAGCCGUAGCCCUUUCUCCCAGGUGUUUGGGCGUCAGGGUCAGCUCAUGCAAGCCACUGUGCAGUCUCUGAACAGCCUGAAUGACCAGAUUGCAAGCAUCAUGGUGACUGGACCCAAGCCCCUGGAGCAGGAGCAGCCUGUCUUUCCUCCUCCUGAGAAGGAGCCACUGCAGAAGUCCAUGACCCUGAUGAGGCACCUCCUCGUGGAUGCACAGGCAAAAAUCCUGAAAAUGAUGGAUGACAACAAGCAGUUGGCUCAACGCAUUGAUGGGGCCAUUCAGUCCGCCAGCCAGGAGGUGACCAACCUGCGGUCAGAGCUGAGCGCCACCAGCCGCAGACUGGCCGAGCUGGGGGCAACUGAUUCUGCCAGCGUGCUUGAGACCCUGCAGCACAACCACAAUGAUCCCUCUUCCCACCCAAGGCAGAGGCCGCCAGCCACAGACCUCUGCUACAAGACUGAAAUCAGCAGUUUAAUGGACUUCAACUCCCCGGAUGCUUCUCUGGACAAAGUCCUGCUGCGUGAGGAGGUGGCCCAGCUCCAGGAGGAGGUGCACCUGCUGCGGCAGAUGAAGGACAUGUUGAGUAAGGACCUGGAGGAGACCCAGGGCGGCUGCUCGGCCGACGUGCUCUCCGCUACCGAGCUUCGCGUGCAGCUGGCCCAGAAGGAGCAGGAGCUGGACAGAGCCAAGGAGGCCCUGCAAGCCAUGAAGUCGGACCGUAAGCGGCUGAAGGCGGAGAAAGCUGACCUGGUGAACCAGAUGCAGCAGCUUUAUGCCACACUGGAGAGCCGGGAAGAGCAGCUCCGUGACUUCAUACGCAACUAUGAGCAGCACAGAAAAGAGAGCGAGGAUGCGGUGAAGGCACUGGCCAAAGAGAAGGACCUGCUGGAAAGAGAGAAGUGGGACCUGCGGCGGCAAACCAAGGAAGCCACGGAGCACACAGGGAUGCUGCGCUCCCAGCUUGACCUCAAGGAGAACCGCAUAAAGGAGCUGGAGGCUGAACUGGCCAUGAUGAGUAACUGUGUCAAUCAGAGAAUGGAGUACCGGAUGUUUGAGCGGGUUGCGGACAGGGACUACUCGCCUAGGGUCACGGCGGCCAAACAGUCACUAGCCACCCUGACCAAGGACGUGCCCAAGCGUCACUCUCUGGCCAUGCCAACGGAGACAGUUGUCAACGGAAACAACCAGGAGUGGGUGAUGCAUCCUGACCUUCCCCUGACUGCUGCCAUCAGACAGAGUCAGCAGACCCUCUAUGUCCACACGGGGCAUCCCACUGACAGACAAGUGGCAGCCGUGCGGGUGAGCCCAUGCCACUUGCGUCAGCCUUCCAUCAUCUCCGACUCCUCGGCGGUGGAGGGAGACCGGUCAUCCACACCCAGCGACAUCAACUCACCACGCCAUCGGACUCACUCCCUUUGCAAUUCCCUAGAAGAUCUGGAGGAGGCGAAGCGUAAGAAGAAGAAAGAGAAGAUGGGGCUGGGCUCUCUGUCGCGCGUCUUUGCUCGAGGAAAACAGCGCAAGUCCCUCGACCCUGGUUUGUUUGAUGGUACUUCAUCGCCUGAUUAUUACAUAGAGGAAGAUGCAGACUGGUAAAGCACACAUUUCCCAGCAAACCACCUGGGAAGCCUUUGUGGCAAUUAUCAGAAGACAGCAUUGUGUUGUGUGUGAGAAAGAGUGUGUGUGUUUGAUGUCAGUGUGUACAUAUAUAAUAAUGUGUGUGCCUGCGCAGUCUCACGCUCAUGCCUACUUGCGUGUGUGUAUGUGUGUGAGAGUGUGUGCAUGCGUGUGUCGUCCAUGGUCAGAGGCCAUGUCAGAAGCAGGAGGCGCGUUGUGCUAGUGUGAACCUUAACGAGCAAAUUGCACCUGUAUGUAUGUAUGUACAGUCCUGUAAAUAGAGUGGACACUGUGACACAGCGACCUUGAGGAUAUGUUUUAUUGUAUCUGCCCUCCAAAACGGCUGUGAUAUUUGAUUUUUGAAUUGUGCAUUACAUUUUGACUUUUUGUUUUCACUCAACUGGAAACUUGAAGGACUGCUGUACUUGUAAAUAACAACAGUUGAUGUGCACUUUGUGCGUGUAAAUGUCUCCUUGUCCUGAAUGCCUUUUGUUAUUUUUGACAUGUACUCCCCUCCUCUCACUACCUUUUAACUUGAACUCCUCCCUGGUUAUUGUCCUGCUUGGUCCAUCCCCCUCCUUCCACACUGCCAUGAUGAGAACAGUUUCCUGUCGGCAACAUGCAGACUCCACAAAUCCGCCUCUAAUUCGGUUGUACAACACAUCCUUCAGCCGCCAAAAAAAAUUGCUCACCCCUUGAAUGUUGACUAAAAUGAGACUUCAAAGACGCUGCUAAGCGAGGAAUAAACUUUCGAUGCACAACAGUUUGUUCCACGGCAACAUGAAGCCAAACAGGAAAUUUGAGAAAUGUGUUUUCUAUCUGUUAAGAUGGAAGGUACAUGCCUGAGGUACAUGUGUGACAUGCAUGCACAUAGUCCCAGUCCCCAAACGCAUGUUGAGCCAAACCCUAUGAAACAGAAAUGUUUUUCUCUGGGAAUGUUGUCAAGGAGAUGUUUCACAACAAAAAGAGAGGUCAGUUACUGCUUUCAUUAUGUGUAUUCAUAAUUUUGUAGAUUUAGAAAAUAAAGCAUUUUGAUAAAUGUUUAAAAGCUUAACAUCCCAAAACUAAACAUAGAGCGUUUUAAUCUGCUGCAAAUUACACUUGAAAUAUGAAAGGUCAGCAAAGUCAGCAGUCUAAAAAAAAAACAGCACUACACUUUAAAUGAUUCAAUAAUUAUUCCACUUAUUCAUGAGGCCUUGUACAAUUUUCUUUCUGUGGGAUCUUACAGUACCUUGUAGCUAUCAUUUUUAAUAAUACUAAAAAAGGCUGCUGGGAGUAGAAUUAAUCUGUAAUAUUCUAAAAAAGAAAGCUAUUAUCAUAGCAUAAGUGAGAGCAUAAACAUCAGUUAUGCUAACAUCGGGGAUUUUAGACUGCUGGUCAAGGCUUUUCCAAACCUCAGGAAUUGGGUCAUUUCACCAGAAAAUGUAAAUCUCAAUUUAGAGCAUUGAGAGCAGAGCCUACAUUAAAUGAACUGGUAUAACAAUAAUGAAUACCAACCCACGAGGUUACAAAUCAGAUUUAAGCAGGCUAAUCAAAACUGAAAGCAAAUGCAUACCUUCUCUCAUGACCCCCAAAUUCUGUUUUAGAGUUCAGGCCAUUGCUGAAAAAAA